AUGUAUAGAACACCACUUCACUCUAUCAAACGUAAGUUAGCUGACAAUAUUGUCAUUGCAUCAGCACCAUGUGCCAUUCCAGUUCUCGGUAGAUUAAACGUGGGUGCCCGUAUGUCACUUUUUGAAUAUGAUAAUCAAAUUAUUGUUUGGUCUGCUUUCCCCUUUUGUGAAGAUGUGCAAGAAUGUUUGGAUAUGCUUCAAGGUGAAGUUACUCACUUAAUUGUUCCAAACUUGCGUCACAAUGUAGGUAUCAAAUCAUUUAAAGAAAAAUAUCCAAAUUUGAUUAUUGUUGGAGGUGAAUAUAACAUCGAAGGAGUUACUAUUGAUCAAUCAAUUCCUAAAACUUAUGGUAACAAAAUCUUAAAAGAAACUGACUUGAAAGAAAUCGGAUUGAGUGACGUUAUAUCUAAAAACUUUGAAUUUGUUUCUAUGGUCAGUCACAAAAACAAAGAUUUAGUUUUAUAUGAUAAAAAGUCCAAGAUCUUAUUCACUGCUGAUGUUACUAUUGAUAUGUCACCAAGAAAGGACCUAGAACAAUUCAAAGAUGAAGUCGACAAAGAUGGAUUUGACCCUCAUUGGGGUUAUUGGGGAAACUCAUUCCUUUCAAGAUUUCUUCAACCGGAAUAUAACUUCUUUAAAAACAGAGUUAAUUUACUUAAUGGUACUGACAAGCCAGAAGGGCAAGAUGCUUUGAAACUUAUCUAUGGAAUGGAUAUUAGCAAAAUUGUUCCAUGCCAUGGUAAUGUUGUUGAAGGUAAAGAGGCUUUGAAGAAAUUCUACUCUUUCCUCUAG